GCGGGAUUUCAUCGAGUGCGGUUGGCGUCUUAUUUUAAAUAUUCUUAAAUUCGUUCAUAGUGGAUAUUGUGAAAUAAAAUUGGUGUGGUUUUGUGUAACAACUGUCUGCGUAACUGAAGAAUUAGUGGAAUCGUUAAAAUAUACGCUAUUCCGGUCAAGUGGACGUGAGAAUUUUAUUGUAGUGUUGAGUGUCUGCAGAACCGCUGUCAAAACGUCAAUGUCAAAUAGACGCAAAAUGUCAGUUGAUAUUUUGAUUUUGGAAGCUUUUUUCGUGUUUUGAUUCUGUUUUGGAUAUGUGUUUACUUGAGAAAGUAAUUUUUUACUAAUAAACUAAGCAAUUUACUGAACUCGCUUGAUAGUUGUUUUCCCGUAGUAUCAGUAUUUUGUCAUGGACGAAUUGAGAGGUCCUAAUGUACAGAUUGUUCUUCAUUUGAAAGAAGGUUUGGGAUUUGGUUUUUUACGAACGCCUUUUGUAGUAAGCGGCUCUUUGAAUGGUUAUAUGUUGGAAACGGACCCUGUAGUGCCCACUCAUGCGCCGGUGUUUGAUGCAGAGUUAGUUUGGGAAGCUGAUAAGCGAAGAUUUAGAAGCCUAAGAGUUCAGAAUGUUCCUGUUAAAGUGGAGGUAUAUGCAACAGGAACACAAGGUCGGAAGGAUAAACUAGGCUACCUGCUUCUUAGUUUGCUUUCAGCUCAACCAUGCCCAUCAAAUAAAAUAAAUGAUAGAAAUGAGUUGCGGAUGUUUCACAGCAAUGAAGUUGCAUAUCUUUCCACUGGUGAUAAAAUGAAUACAGCAGCUGGAAGGACUGUAUUACUAUCCUUAGAGGAGUAUAUGAAAGAAAGUAAGAAGACCGUCGCGUCACCAGAUCUCCAGCCAAGAUUAAUAUGUGAUGAAGGCCUUAUAGAGAUUGGUGCAGGCAAACAAUUGUAUAUUUUGAGCUUAGUUAUUGGAGCUGUGGAAAACUUGGAUAUGCUUUUAUCAGAAAAGGUUACUGAGAAUAAUCCAGUGGAUUGUUAUGUCUCAUACUCAGUGUUCACCCAUGAUAUCAUGACUGACAGGGUACGCGCCCGUAGUGAAGCGACUAUGGUUCAGUUCAAUCAGCGAACUUCACUGCGGUUGCGCGGCGAUCUCAACGCUCUCUCGAGGUACUUCGCUGACUGUCCGCAUUUAGUGGCGCGGGUCUGUGCUCGAGAUCAGGACAUAGGAAUAUGCAGCAUGGAUCUACGCAAGCUAGUGCCUACUGAAGACCUAUCAGUUUUCACUGGUCAGUUUUGUAACACUGACAACGCUCUCUCAAUCCACGAGCGAUGUUACAUCCUACGAUGCGAUGGAGCCACGUCCCAAGAUGCAAGAAGACCUUAUGUGGACAUAGAGAUGAGCCUCAAGUAUCUAGGAAUGAAAAAUGAUAUCGUCCAGAAGCCUCCGAUCUACGCGGCUCGCAGUGUUACCGGGUUAGAAGGGGACCGGCAAGGGACCGAGGAAAUUAGCGCUACUCUCGCGUACAACGGCGGUAGUUGUACAGACGUGAGGAGAGAUACUCACACGCGCGCCUACACCGACAUAGACGCCCGUAACACCGCGCGUUACAAAAACGCCGCCGGCGAUCCAAUAAUCCAAUCCAACGAGAUAGCGGAACUUAUAAAGAAAAUGUACGAAUCCUUCACUCUUAACCAAGAGAAGCUCCUAGCAUCGCGCCUACGGCCCACUACAAGCGAUAUGCAAGUACAGUGCGAUCCGGAGCGAAGAGAUGCGUGUGCGCACGUCGAAACUACGGGCGAAGAUGGCGGAAAUGAGCUUGAGAGAGAUGGUGAACAGUUGGAUAAGGGUUCCGGAAGAAUUAAAAUAGACACGAUACCAGUGAAAUUGGAGACAAGCAAGAGUGACACCUAUAUCCAGUCUACUGAAAAAGUUAAGAGAGCUAUGACGCCGAGAGAACGUGAUGAAAUAAUGCAAAGGGUUGUCGAUGAACUCGAAGACUGGAAGGAGAAGCAACAGGAACUAUAUAAACUUCAGCUAAAACGCAAAGAAGAAUACCAUCUGGAACUUCUGGCUAAAGAAUGGGAGAAGCAGCGUAUAGAAUUAGAGUCUAAAUUGCGUCGUGGCGUCGAACAAUGCAGAACUCUCGCUUCGGAUCUAGCGCGAGCUACGGAAGAUUUCAGAUUAAGAGGAUAUAGAAAUACACAUCGUGAACAUAAGUUGCUGGAAGCGAAGAAAGCUCUAGAAGCCCAUUAUACGGCGAAGUACCAGGAGCUUAGAGAAGCGUCGCAGAAGAUGGAAGACGAUAUGAAUCACCAGCUGAAGAUCAAGGACAUGCGGAUCGAGGAGUUGGAGCUGAAGGUGUUGUCAAUGGAGAAGCAAGUUGAUGUUUUGAAGAACAACUUUAAAAACAUCGAGAAGGAAGCUGAAAGCAAAUACUCGGGCUUGACGAAGGACCAAACUGCCAGUCUCAUACAAGAAUUGCGCUGCUUAGAAGAAAAGCUAGACAGCGCGAUGCAAUCGAAGGCGUUCUUCAAGGAACAAUGGGGGCGGGCCGUUAGAGAAUUGCAUCUCACUAAACUGGGCACUCGGCGACAGAUGCUCACUCAAUUACAACACGAGAGAAGACAACUGCACGACAUGGGAUUAGAUACAGUAACAGACCAAGAAGAAAAUGUCGCUAAUCAAAAUAAUGUCGACAUCAAAAAGCUAAAGGAUGAUUUUUACGUCGAUAUUCUGGCUAAUACCCCUGCCUUAGACUCACAUUCCAUUAUCAGUACUACAGGGCCAGUUGGAAUGGAUAUAUACGAUGAAAUCAAUAAAUGCACUGACAAGAGCCCUGUGAACGACAAACUAUCCUCGCUGAUAUCGCAGCGCGAACAGUUGAGUCGACAGCCCACGCCAGACCCGGCUCUCAUGCGGCAUCUCAGCGCCGAGAUAAGGGCGAUGCUGCUUAACUGUACCACUUAGCUAACAUAACAAACUGAUAUAUUGUUUUAAACUUUCUUGGUCACUAACUUUAUAGUUAUUAACGGGAUUGCUACCAUAAACCUUGUUUUCUGUGAGUCAGCGUGAAAAAACAAGGUACAUGCUAGUAAUCCCGUUAAUAACUAUAAUGGUAGACUGAUAUUAUCACUAGAGUUGCCACCAUUUUUAGGGCGAAUAAAGUAUUUUUUCAUUUUGAUAUACAAAAAUAAAGUAAACAGCAUAAAAAAAGAGAAAAGAUAAUAUUAUUUUCAUUAAAUAUUUUUAAAAACUUAUUUAUUAUUGCUCUGUAAAUAUAUGAGAAUUUUAGAGUACUUUGUUGGGGUAAGACACCAAUAAAGUAAGCUUACAUGAAAAAGAGGACAAAACUCAAUUUUAGAGUAUUUCAAAGCCUGAGUCGACGACGCAUAUGCUUCAAAUUGUAUGAAAAUCGAGCGUGUCAUAUUUAGAGUACUUACCAAUGAGGUGGUGGAAAAUGGGUUUCGGCUACCAACUUAAUAGUUUCUAUUUUAUAGUUUGUAAAAGCUUAAUACGGCACUAAUUAAUUAAAUUUUUAUUAAUGCAUUGCAUGCAAAUGGGCAUUAAUUUAAAAAAAUGCCAUUUACGUUCGUUAUGUAAUAAAUUCGUUAACCGCAGAAUUAAAAUAGCGUUAAAAGUUACAGCUUUACUCUUCGUUUUGGCAUGUGAAGUACAUACACUGGCCUUUCUAUUUCGUUCUAUGUCAACGUGUUAUCCACAAUAACACGUUGUUUAUAGCUUGUAGCAUUUUGUUAUAGUUCGUGUCAAUAAAUUAACAUAUUGAAAAGGCGAGGUAAGACAUUCUUUUCUCCUCUUUCAAGGACAUAGACAUAGAAAAUGGAUUGAGUGUUCUAUUACCGUAAAGUAAAUAGGAGCAUUAAAGUAUAAGAGAGCGAGACAAAACGACCACAUUAUAGCUUUCUCUCUUUCUACAAAGUGGUAAAGUUUAUACGGUUAGUGGAAUAGAAUCCAUACAAAUUCUGAACAUCUCCUUUGGGUUAAAAUUUUGAAAACCAUACCAGAAUCGGGACUCAGUCCAUUGUCUAUGUCUGUAGCCAAGAAUAAUGUAUAAGAGGGACAGAUUGUCAUGCGUCGUCAUUUUGUAUUCGUUUCUUUUCGCCGCGAGUUAAUCGAAAUGUAGGAACUGGCACCUGGUUACUAGCGUUAUAUAUUUCUCCAUAUUUCAAUUUCCUCCUGUGUUUCUAAAACUCACCAGUUAUUAGUAGAGGCAAACCUCUGAGCAAAACCUCACACAAAUAAACUUGCGCAUUAGAUGUUUUUGUAAUUUAAAUUUCUUAAUAGGCCGACUUCCUUGUCUAUGGUCGCUGCUCACGCAGCUUGCUGGAGUGUAAACUGUACAAAAUUUUAAUAUGCUUGGAAAAUAAAUUUUGUGUCAGGCAACACUAGCCGGCUCUGUAAGCCUACUCGCUAACUGCUUUUGACAGAUGGAAGUGAUAAUCACCGAGUUAUUUAGUGAUCCACUACGGCUUUAUCAUAACGCCACUAGGAUACUUGUUCUGAAAAGCAUAGAUGGAUAUGCAAUUUUCUGUUUAGUUACACACUGUAAAUGUCCAAAAAGUUAGCUAAUAGGCCGGAUGAUGGUACAGUGGAAGAUCAAAUUUUUACCAGUCCGUUGUACCUGACGAUUUAGAUUACUCAUAACUUGUACAAAACAACCAUUCCAAUUAACAGUGCAUUGCACAAUUUUUGUAAGCCUUCAUUGCCUAAUGAAGCAAUCAACGGUGUCGGUUGAACAAUUUAUAGAAAUAAGACUGUCAUAAAAUUAUCGGACCUAGUGUAUUUUGUAAACUCAAUGACUUUUAUAGGCAAUAACUGUUUUUUUAUCGACAUAACGAGACGAUGUGAAUAUAAU